AUGGCGCGUAGAUCGUUUGCACAGCCGGAUCGGUUGACGACGAUGGAUGGAGAUGGCGAUACGGCGCCCACGUCACUCUCGCGAACGACAACACAACUGGAGGAACAACGACGGCCCAGCUCGAUAGAAGCCAACGACCAACACAGCUUCACGUACGGUACAACACCACGCAACGACUCCAACGACGAUGCCUCAUCACAACAUAUCCGCAUGGCAUCGCCAGUACGGCCACGCUUACCUACACGCAACACCUUACGAGGGACCAGCGCCGCAAAGCUUCAAGAGGCAUUGCGACUAGCUCGAGCACGAGAAGAGCAGGAAACAUUGCUUGGCGAGAACGAAGAGGCAGACGAUGAUGGAUGCUAUCCUCCUAGGAAGAACUCCGAUCCAACAGUGCCGAAUCCGCACGCUGAGCUACCGGUGUAUACUACAAUACACAAGAUCAGACGGCUCAUCAUAGCCAGUCUUGACGAUCCAUACAGCAACGAGCAAUUGAAGAGUCCCAGAAUGAACGUCGCCGUCGUCAGGCCGUUGAUCGAUCACUUAUACGAUGCAGACGAUGUAUCUGUCGUCUUUUGCCUACUGGUCAAUCGCGCACAGUUCCUGCGAGAACAGUCCUACCAGGCACACCACCAAACUGUCAACAUUACCCGAGCCAACCUCUGCGAAAUCGUUGCGAGUAGAAUUCUGCGGCGAUUCGACGAGGACCACGAAGGACGAAUGGGUCUGCUGAAAGUGGCGCAUGUCCUUGUCGCUGGCUUUGAGCCAUUUCAGAACGCACCUCGAGACAUCACCCGUGACCACCGGACCGACCUACAUUGGACCGUCAAAUGGAAGCUGGCACGACCGGAAUACCAGCGAAUGCUUACAGCACUGGAAGUCGCGAUCGUGACAGAAGCAAAAAUGUUCCUGUCUUCCUCGGCAUGUCAAAAGAUUGUUGAGAAUGUGUAUCGCGGCCGUAUCAUCUAUACGCCCACAUCCUUCAUCGACAUCCUGCCAGACCACUACAAGAACCGCGGCAUCACACUUUACGAUCCUCGAAAGGCACCUUACCUCAACCAGUAUCGACUGAUAGUACCCAGGACGAGAAGCUUGAUCGAAACAGUGCAAUUCGUGAUACUUUUGGUGCUAUACCUCGCACUGAUGAUCUCCACAGCAGAAGAAAAAGGACCGAGCCAUCUCAGCUUCACUGCGUUGGAGUUCGUCUUCGUUGUCUACGCCAUUGGCUGGAACGUGGAUGAAUUGGCGAGUAUCACCGAACACGGCUGGACUGUGCAUACCGAGAACCUGUGGUCAUUCCUCGAUCUUGCCUUCGUCUUAAUAUUCUGGACAUACUUUGGCAUUCGCAUACACGCCCUUCGAGUCGGAGAUCCAGAGUAUAGCCUACUCGCAGAACAGAUCCUAUCACUAGGCGCACCGGUUCUCCUCCCGAGGCUGGCUUUCUGCCUCAUGUCCGAGAAUAUGCUCUUCAUCUCCCUCCGUGCCAUGAUGGCCGAUUUCACCUUUCUCACUGUGCUCGCCUGCUGGUGCUUUGGGGGCUUCAUCUUGGCUCUAUCGUGGCUGUCCGAAGGUCAAGAAGGGUUCCUUAACCACACCGUCAUCACAAUCUGCAAAUGGAUGCUCUGGAUCUGGUUCGGUCUUGACGGCACAGGCGUCCAGCGCUCGGUCGAAAUGCACUGGUUUCUUGGACCUCUUUUGAUGAUCACCUUUGCGUUUCUGGGCAACACACUCUUCCUCACAAUUUUAGUGGCGAUGCUGAGCAAUACUUACAACAACCUCUCUCGCAACGCCACAGCAGAGAUCGAAUUCCGUCGCGCAGUCUUGACAUUCGAAGGCGUCAAGUCUGAUGCGAUCUUCGCAUACAGGCCACCGCUCAACGUCAUCGCCCUCAUCGUCCUCUUACCACUAAAGUUCAUCCUAUCAGCCCGCUGGUUCCACAAAGUCAACAUCACCGCCAUCCGGAUCCUCAACUUCCCGAUCCUCAUCCUCAUCACUCUAUACGAGCGCCGCUACCUCUGGAAACGAGCUCGAUUCCUCUCACCACCGAGAAAGCAUACAUGGCUCAGUAUGUGGGAACGCUUUGGAGCGCAUGGGGAUCUUCAAGCUGUGUUUGACACGGAUCCGCCGCAGAGUGUGCUGGAUGAGAUGGAUGAUGUGGAUGAUGUGUUUACGGAGUACGAUGAGAUGGACUUCGCGACAGCGGUGAGGACUAGACGGGGGAGUAGGGCGUUCAGUGAUGCGAGUGGAGUGUUUGGGGGUGCUGGGAUGAGUAGGAGUCGGAGUAGGAUGAAUGGGUUUAGACGGAGAGCGACGACGCAGGCUAGUUUGGGGACGAUGGAUGGGGGAGGGACUAGGGAUGAUGAUUUGCCGGAGCCGGAGGGGAAUGGGGUUUGA